GGAAGUGAGCGCGAGGGUGCGCCUCACCCCGGUUCUACGUCCGCCGGGUCCUCAGAGAGUCUUCCCCAGGGCAGUUUGAAAAGAGAGUCCUUGGCGGUGGCUCAAACGCGCCUCAGGGCUGAGUGCGCUCCCAGUUACCCGCCGUGGGGUGCUUUGCGGUUGCCGUCAAGCGCGGCUACGGGCCGCGGGCAGGCCGACGGGCUGCCAUGGCGGCGGCGGGCGGGCUGCAGAGCUGUUGGGCGCUUCUGGGGCCACUUCUGUGGGGGCUCGCGCUCCUGGGAGCUGGGCCGGUCCCGGCGCGAGCGCUGCACAACGUCACAGCUGAGCUCUUCGGGGCCGAGGCUUGGGGCACCCUGGCGGCCUUCGGGGACCUCAACUCCGACAAGCAGACGGACCUCUUCGUGCUGCGGGAAAGAAAUGAUUUAAUCGUCUUUUUGGCAGACCAGAAUGAACCCUAUUUUAAACCUAAAGUAAGGGUAUCUUUAAAGAAUCACAGUGCAUUGAUAACAAGUGUGGUCCCUGGGGAUUAUGAUGGUGAUUCACAAAUGGAUGUCCUUCUAACAUAUUUUCCCCAAAAUCAUGCCAGCAGUGAAUUGGGAGCUAUUAUCUUCUGGGGACAGAAUCAAACAUUAGAUCCUAACAAUAUGACCAUACUCAAUAGGACCUUUCAAGAUCAACCGCUAAUUAUGGAUUUCAAUGGGGACCUAAUUCCUGAUGUAUUUGGUAUUACAAAUGAAUCCAGCCAGCCACAGAUAUUGUUAGGAGGAAAUUUGUCAUGGCAUCCUGCAUUGGCUACUAAAAGUAAAAUGCAAAUUCCACAUUCUCAUGCAUUUAUUGAUCUGACUGAAGAUUUUACAGCAGAUUUAUUCCUCACUACAUUGUCUGCCUCUAGUACCUUCCAGUUUGAAAUAUGGGAAAAUUUGGAUGGGAACUUCUCUAUCAGUAACAUAUUAAAAACACCUCAAAAUAUGCUGGUGGUUGGGCAGUCAGCAUUUGCAGACUUUGAUGGAGAUGGACAUAUGGACCACUUACUGCCAGGCUGUGAAGACAAAAACUGCCAGAAAAGCACCAUCUACUUAAGGCAAUCCAGAACAAACAAGUGGAUUCCGGUUCUACAGGAUUUCAGCAAUAAGGGUACACUGUGGGGUUUUGUGCCAUUUGUGCAUGAAGAAUGGCCAACUGAAAUUCCAAUUCCAAUUACUCUUCAUAUUGGAGACUACAACAUGGAUGGUUAUCCAGAUGCCCUUGCCAUACUGAAGAAUACAUCUGGAAGCAACCAGCAGGCUUUUUUGCUGGAGAAUGUCCCUUGUAAUAAUGCAAGCUGUGAGGGGGCUCAUCGGAUGUUUAAAGUCUACUGGGAUCUGACGGACUUAAAUCAAAUCAGAGAUGCUGUGGUCGCCACUUUCUUUGACAUUUACGAAGAUGGAAUCUUGGACAUUAUAGUACUGAGUAAAGGAUAUACUAAAAAUGAUUUUGCCAUCCACACCCUAAAAAAUAACUUUGAAGCAGAUGCCUAUUUUGUUAAAGUCAUUGUUCUUAGUGGUCUGUGUUCUAAUGAUUGUCCUCGUAAGAUAACACCCUUUGGAGUGAACCAACCUGGACCUUACAUCAUGUAUACAACUGUUGAUGCAAAUGGGUAUCUGAAAAAUGGCUCAGCUGGACAACUAAGCCAAUCAGCACAUUUAGCUCUCCAACUACCAUACAAUGUACUUGGUUUAGGUCGAAGUGCAAAUUUUCUUGACCAUCUCUAUGUUGGUAUUCCUCGUCCACCUGGAGAGAAAUCUGUACGAAAACAAGAAUGGACUGCAAUUAUUCCAAAUUCCCAGCUAAUUGUCAUUCCAUAUCCCCACAAUGUCCCUCGAAGCUGGAGUGCCAAACUGUAUCUCACACCAAGUAACAUUGUUCUCCUCACUGCUAUUGCGCUCAUUGGUGUCUGUGUUUUCAUCUUGGCAAUAAUUGGAAUUUUACAUUGGCAGGAAAAGAAAGCAGAUGAUAGAGAAAAACGACAAGAAGCCCAUCGGUUUCAUUUUGAUGCUAUGUGACUUGGCUAUAAUAUUACCUAAUGGAAUGAAUAUUCACAUGAUUAUCUGAAGUAACCAAAUUCUGACUUAUCAAAGAAGAUAGGAGAUUUUGAAUAUUAUUUAUAAAUAAUGCAUCACUUGGUAAUUAUUUGCAAAGUAUUAAAUAUGGUCUGAAUGUCUCACAGGGUCUUUUCUUAAGCAAUUUGUGUGCAAUAAUUUGGGUUUAUUAUUCAAUAGCUCUUUGCAUUUUUGUUCCUUUGUGGAAUGUGUUGCAUGUACUCUGGUGUCUCUGUAUUUAUAAUCUUAUUAGAGUAAUGAUGGUGGAAAAAGACAUGUGUAAAUAAAACUAUUUAAAUGUGCAGGAUUCUUUUGUUCCACUUGAA